UAGAAGAUCACUCCCGCUGCUAUAUGCCACAUGGAUUGAGGGGACCACACUGGUGGUGGGAAGACCAAUUGGGAAGCUUUUCUAUUUUUCCAAUAGAGACAAAGACAGUGGGGGCUUGGACUAGUGUAGCAGUAAGGGAGAUGGAGAGAAAUGGGGAAAUUCAAGGUACGUUUUGGGGAAAGAGCUGCGAAGAUUUGCUGAUGGGUUAGCUAGAGAGUAGGGAAAGGAGGAAUCCUUUGCUGAUGGCUUGAGUAACUCAGUGGAUGAUUGUAUAAUCGACUGAGAUGGGGAAAUCAGGGUUGGGGGUAGGUGUCAGAUUUAAACUGCCAAGUUCAGUUUGGGGUAUGUGAAAUGUUAAAUGCCUGGUGAUAUCUAAGUAGAGAAGUUAAGUAGCCAACCAAGUUUCGACCUCAGGGCUGGAAAUGUGUUUGAGAGAGUUGUCAGAGGAGCACUAACAUUUCAAGUUCUUAAAGAGGAGAGGAGCCUGGAAGCGAUCUAGGAAGGGAGCAGUGCAGGAAGAGACAGCUGGAGAAAGUGGUGUCGCAGAGGCAGAGAAGGGUGAGCAAGUUCUUCAGCCGUGCUGAGCGCUUCUCAGAAGUUGAGUGUGAUCUUCCUUCACUGACAUCAGAGUGCUACGAAGAUAAGGACAGAGACGUGUUCAGUGGAUCUGACCUCGUGCUGUUUUAGCUGAGGGUUCUCCUUGUGCCAUGUGUGAGAGAGUCCCCAGGACACCUACCUAUGAAUGAAAUUGCUGGAUUGAAAGGCAUUUCUUCACAUGGCUUCCGAAGAUGUGACCGUUACGGUUCGCCUCAUUCGUUCAUUUGAGCAUCGCAAUUUCAGACCUGUAGUAUAUCAUGGAGUUCAGUUGGACCAACCUGUAAAGGAAUUUAUAGUCUUUCUAAAGCAAGAUAUCCCUUUGAGGACCAGCCUGCCACCACCAUUCAGAAAUUAUAAAUAUGAUAAACUAAAGAUUGUUCAUCAAGCACAUAAAUCAAAGACAAAUGAACUUGUGUUGAGUUUGGAAGAUGAUGACAGACUCCUGUUAAAAGAAGACAGCACCCUGAAAGCAGCUGGAAUCGCCAAUGAAACUGAAAUUGCAUUCUUCUGUGAAGAGGACUAUAAGAGCUACAAAGCUAAUCCCCUUUCAUCCUGGUGAGAACUUCACAGGGCUUCCUUUUUGCAUACUUGUAUUAAGCUCUUUAUUCCACUAGUGAGUUUUUUAAAUUGACAAAUAAACUUAAAAAAAUGAAUCCCAA